AUGCCUAGAAAAAGUCUUGAAGAAUGGGAAGAAGACGCUAGAGCAUCCGUACCGUACCUUGCCAGUGAUGAAAAAGGUUCCAACUUUAAAGAUGCCCGACUACCUGAUUCAGAGGGGGAGAGCCGCCCAACUACAAAACCAUGGGUUCAUUUCGUUGCGGGAGGUGUUGGUGGUAUGGCAGGUGCGGUAGUGACAUGUCCGUUUGAUCUAGUUAAGACAAGACUUCAAAGUGAUGUUUAUCAGUCAGUGUACAAGUCAUCGGUGAGUCGAGAAGCUGCAACAACGGGUCCCAGGGCAUUUAAUUACGUUGUGCAAGCAGGUACUCAUUUUAAAGAGACCUUUGGAAUUUUGAACAAAGUUUAUAGAAAUGAAGGAUUUCGGAGUCUUUUCAAAGGUUUGGGACCUAAUUUGGUAGGUGUUAUACCGGCCAGAAGUAUUAACUUCUUCACUUAUGGUACAACAAAAGACAUGUACUCCCGCGCAUUUAACAACGGGAAUGAAUCGGCUUGGAUCCAUCUUAUGGCAGCCGCAACCGCCGGUUGGGCAACCUCUACGGCUACAAAUCCAAUAUGGAUGGUAAAGACAAGGCUGCAACUGGAUAAAGCAGGUGUUACCAGAAACUAUAAAAACUCUUGGGACUGCAUAAAAAGUAUACUGCACAACGAGGGUAUCCGUGGCUUAUACAAAGGUUUGAGUGCGUCGUAUUUAGGAUCUGUGGAGAGUAUAUUACAAUGGUUGCUCUAUGAACAGAUGAAGCGCUUACUUAAGGAAAGAUCUAUCGAAAGGUUUGGACACUCGGAUGACAGACGCAAGGCUACAUCGGAAAAGAUUAAAGAAUGGUGUCAGAGGUCCGGUAGUGCAGGUCUCGCUAAAUUUGUUGCCAGUAUUAUAACGUACCCUCAUGAAGUGGUUAGAACGAGGUUGAGACAAGCUCCUUUGGAAAAUGGGAAGUUGAAAUACACUGGUUUGAUUCAGAGUUUCCGAGUGAUAAUCAAAGAAGAAGGAUUCGCGUCGAUGUACAGCGGAUUGACACCACAUUUAAUGAGAACUGUGCCUAAUAGUAUCAUCAUGUUUGGUACUUGGGAGUUGGUUAUCAAACUAUUAUCGUGA